AUUGUUUUUGGGUCAAUGUGGUGUGUCUCGUUGUUGUGUGUUGUUCUGAGCUGUUCCUUUUUUCGGGGGUCGGGUUAGAAAACGCGGGAAUUUUAGAGGCGGCGUGGAGAGGCUGCCGGGGCUUUUCGUUUAUUGAUUUGAGAAGCGAUUAGUGGGAUGAAUUCUUAGGUUAUGAAGAUGACUACUGUCGUGAUGGUUGACUUGGUUUGAUGUUUCCAUUCUUUAUCUGUAGGUGUUCUGAACUGGUGGUAAGAUCUGCUCGAAAUUACGCAAAUCAAGUGAUUUGUCUGAUGGCUGAUCCGCAGGGCUUGGAAGGGAAUCAACCAGUUGAUCCCGCCAAGCACCCUUCUGGAAUCGUUCCGACUCUCCAGAACAUUGUUUCAACAGUCAAUCUGGACUGUAAAUUGGAUCUGAAAGCUAUUGCGCUGCAAGCUCGAAAUGCUGAAUAUAAUCCUAAACGUUUUGCUGCUGUGAUUAUGCGGAUUAGGGAACCAAAAACAACAGCUCUUAUUUUUGCAUCUGGAAAGAUGGUGUGCACAGGAGCCAAGAGUGAACAACAGUCAAAAUUAGCUGCUCGGAAAUAUGCUAGAAUCAUUCAGAAGCUUGGUUUCCCAGCUAAGUUCAAGGACUUUAAAAUUCAAAAUAUUGUUGGUUCCUGCGACGUCAAAUUUCCCAUACGUCUCGAGGGUCUUGCAUAUGCUCAUGGUGCCUUUUCGAGUUAUGAGCCCGAACUCUUCCCUGGUUUAAUAUACCGAAUGAAACAGCCCAAGAUAGUUUUGCUGAUUUUUGUUUCUGGAAAGAUUGUACUUACAGGCGCAAAGGUUAGAGACGAGACGUACACUGCCUUUGAGAACAUAUACCCUGUGCUGACGGAAUUUCGCAAGGUCCAGCAAUGAUACGUCGAAUGGGCAAUGAAAAUUGGAAAGAAGAAUGCUGGGACAAAGAACUGCCUCUGCUGGUGUAAAUACCCAUGGCAAUUUGCGGUGGUGGGAUCAAAUACUGGUGGCUGAAGAAAAUUCCUCCAUUGUAUUUCAAUCACUAUCAAAUGUGUAUUAACAGAUGAUGGAGAGUUGCUAAUAAAACUGUAGUGUUUGGGACCUUUAAUUAUACAGACAGUCAGCAAUAUAUGCAAACGAUUUUGAUCUGAA